AUGGAUAGUUUAUUUUAUAAUAAUAAUACAAUUAACCACCAGAGUGAUCCGGAAAAGCUUGCCAAUCAAGAAAGAGAACAACAAGCACUUGGGCAACUAAAAACACAAGAACAAGAGCAACAGGGGUUACAAAUACAAAUACAAGAACAAGAACAAGAACAAGAACAAGAACAAGAACAGGAGCAGGAGCAGGAGCAAGAACAAGAACAAAAACCAGAGCCAGAACCAGAACAAGAAAAACAACAACAACAACAACAAGAACAGGAGCAAGAGCAAGAACAACAACAACAAGAACAAGAAAAGGAGCAUGAGCGGGAACAAGAACAGGAACAGGAGCGGGAACAAGAGGAAGAAGUAAUAUUUUAUGAACCAAUACAAAACCAAAGGCCACAAAUAACAUCACCACAAGCUCUACCAUCCCCACAACAAAAUAAUAAUAAUUUAAAUCGUAAUAAAAAUAACAAUCAACAAAAUGUUAUCCUUAUCGAUGAUGACGAUGAAGAUGAUGAAAUAAUAACAUUACCAACAAAUACAAAUAAUCUGGUAGAUUUAACAGACUCGCCACCUCCAUCACCGAGAGCAAAUCAAUCCCUUUUUAAUAAUUCAAGAAAUGUUUUUCAACCAAAUAAUUAUUUUAAUAAUAUGAAUAAUGGUAUCAAUGGUAAUUUUAAUAAUCGUCAAAAUCAUAACAACAAUAUGAAUAAUUAUAAUUAUAAUUAUAAUAUGAAUAAUCAUUAUAACCAUUUUACAAAUAAUAAUAACAAUAAUAAUAUGAAUAAUAUGAAUAAUAUGAAUAAUAUGAAUAAUGGUAUGAAUAAUCAUUAUAAUAACUUUAAUACAAAUUAUUAUAAUAGCAAUAGUAAUGGCAACAAUAAUAAUAAUAAUAACAAUGGCUAUAUAAAUAAUCAUAAAAGAAAACAAAUUGACGAUGAUGUUUUCAUAAUAGACCCACCAAACCAAAAUAGUAAACCUGACGUUAUUCAUAUCGUAGAACCAAAGGGGAAUUUAUCAAUUUCAUCUAUAUCAGAAAAUUCGGAGGUUUUUAGAGCCCAAGCACAACUUGAAAAUGAAGAUAGCAACAGAAAACCAACUAUUAAUUUAGAAUGUCCAAUUUGUUUCGAAGAGAUGGGGGCCAAUGGAAUGACAUCUACCAUAUGUGGCCAUGCUUUUUGUACAAAAUGUAUCAUAAAAUCUUUUGAAAGGAAAAAAUCCUGCCCAAUGUGUAAUAAAAAACUUAGAAAAAACUCACUCCACCCAUUAUUCUUAUCUUUUACAAUUGUUCCACCACCAAAUACUACUACAACUACAACAACUACAACAACCACAACAAAUACAACAAAUACAACAAAUACAACAAAUACAACAAAUAUAACAAAUACAAAUCCUAUUAAUAGAGGCAACAGUGGUUUCAAUAGGUCCAAUAACAAUGUAUUGCAUAAUAUGAAUAAUCACAUUAAUGGUUUCAAUCAAAAUCAAAUUCAAAGUCAAAUUGAAAUUCAAAACCAAAAUCAAAUUGAAAUUCAAAACCAAAAUCAAAUUCAAAAUAUAAAUCAAAAUCAAAAUCAAAAUCAAAAUCAAAAUCAAAAUCAAAAUCAAAAUCAAAAUCAAAAUCAAAAUCAAAAUCAAAAUCAAAAUCAAAAUCAAAAUCAAAAUCAAAAUCAAAAUCAAAAUCAAAAUCAAAAUCAAAAUCAAAACAUAAAUCAAAGUCAAAAUCAAAUUCAAAAUAUAAAUCAAAUUCAAAAUCAAAUUCAAAAUCAAAAUCAAAAUAUAAAUCAAAUUCAAAAUCAUUUAAAUCUUUUGGGUAAUUUUUACGAGACGAAUAAUAGAAAUGGAAUAUAUGGGUCUUUUGCUCAAGAUGAUAAUGAAGAAGAUGAAGAAGAUGAAGAAGAUGAAGAAGAUGAAGAAGAUGAAGAUGAAGAUGAAGAUGAAGAUGAAGAAGAUGAAGAUGAAGAAGAUAGCGAUAGUGAAAGUGAUAGCGAUAGUGAAAGUGAAAGCGAGAGUGAUAGUGAAGAUUGUUGGUAA